AUGUCAAUUGCUGAAGACUUGGGGGUCACCCUCCACGCCGGCCUCCUCAGCGUCCUGGCCCUCUCCACCCCCCCUCGCGAACGGCCAGCCCCGCCGGACCAGCCCGUCCUCUUUGCCUCCCCCCAGGCUGUCAAACGCCGCUGCAGCGUGGACAAGCCGCUCAGCACCAAUCUUCCCAGGCUCGGGCUCGCCCAACUCGGCUACCACAACGCCCUCGCCAUCCUCCCCAUCGACCUCCGCCUUUCCACCCAGCUCAGCCACCUUGCCGCCGCCGAACUCCGCCUGCUCCUCGAGCCCUUUGGACCCCACGUCCAGCCCAGCCUCACCUCCACCGCUACACCGCACUCGCCGCAGCCCAACUCCUCCUCCAGCCAGAAGCUCCAAGCCCAUUCUCGCCUGCACAUUCAAACCACCCCCGGGCACUCGCGCGACAUCCCAAGCCCCUCUCGACCCCCCGCGAACGCAGGAGCCUCGAUCAGCUCGCGCGCGCCCUCGCCUCCCCUCCAUCCCCUUGCCAACCCAGCCCCCAUCGAGCAAGGCCAGCCCAGCCUCCCCGCGCCCUGCAAACCCCUCAAUGAAGUCCCUGGUUCUUCACCGCCAGAGAUCCUCCCAGCUUCCGGAUUUACCCCCAGGCGUGCACAAGCCCAACCACCCUGCCCGUCCAGCCUAACUAUGUCCUCCCGCCCCGCGCCGGCCUCUCCACCUCACUUGCCCUCCUGCUCCCCGCACAACUUGCACCAUUCUCCCUUAAGCUAUGUCAAACAAUUGAUCCAACGGAAAUUUGCUGAACAAAAGGCUGAACUUGCCAUGGGCAACCACUCUGCUACCCUCAUCUCAACAACCACCAUCCAACUAUUGCCAACCAAUUGA